AUGAGCUCCCAACAGUUUCCUCGAUUAGGAACCCCUUCCACUGGGCUGAGCCAGGCUCCUUCACAGAUUGCCAACAGUGGUUCUGCAGGACUUAUAAACCCAGCUGCUACAGUCAACGACGAACCUGGUCGCGAUGCUGAUGUCAGUGGCCGGGAGCACAUGGGCUCUAGCAGCUCCCUCCAGUCCCGGGAGGAGAAGCAGGAGCCUGUUGUGGUAAGGCCCUAUCCACAGGUGCAGAUGUUGUCUACACACCAUGCCGUUGCAUCGGCCACACCUGUCGCAGUGACAGCCCCGCCAGCACACCUGACACCAGCAGUGCCACUCUCAUUUUCAGAGGGACUCAUGAAGCCACCCCCGAAGCCUACCAUGCCUAGCCGUCCCAUUGCUCCUGCUCCACCUUCUACCUUGUCACUUCCUCCCAAGGUUCCAGGGCAGGUUACCGUUACCAUGGAGAGUAGCAUCCCUCAAGCAUCAGCCAUUCCUGUGGCAACAAUCAGUGGACAACAGGGACAUCCCAGUAACCUGCAUCACAUCAUGACCACGAAUGUGCAGAUGUCGAUCAUCCGCAGCAACGCUCCUGGGCCGCCUCUUCACAUUGGGGCUUCUCACUUACCUCGAGGUGCAGCUGCUGCCGCCGUGAUGUCCAGUUCUAAGGUAACCACGGUCCUGAGGCCGACCUCGCAGUUGCCAAACGCUGCCACAGCUCAGCCAGCAGUCCAGCACAUCAUUCACCAGCCCAUCCAGUCACGUCCACCUGUCACAACCUCUAAUGCCAUCCCUCCUGCUGUGGUGGCAACUGUCUCAGCCACCAGAGCUCAGUCUCCGGUUAUCACUACAACAGCAGCACAUGCUACUGAUUCAGCACUGAGUCGGCCAACUUUGUCUAUCCAGCACCCUCCAUCUGCAGCAAUUAGUAUUCAGCGACCUGCCCAGUCACGGGACGUAACAACAAGAAUCACACUACCUUCUCAUCCAGCAUUAGGGACACCAAAACAGCAGCUUCAUACAAUGGCUCAGAAAACAAUUUUUAGUACUGGCACACCAGUGGCUGCAGCAACAGUAGCACCUAUUUUGGCAACCAACACCAUUCCUUCAGCAACCACAGCUGGAUCUGUGUCACACACACAAGCUCCCACAAGUACAAUUGUUACCAUGACGAUGCCCUCUCAUUCAUCCCACGCUACCGCCGUGACCACCUCAAACAUCCCAGUCGCUAAGGUGGUGCCUCAGCAGAUCACACACACUUCUCCUCGAAUCCAGCCUGACUACCCUGCAGAGCGGAGCAGCCUAAUUCCCAUCUCAGGACAUCGGGCCUCUCCUAAUCCCGUGGCCAUGGAAACCCGAAGUGACAACAGACCGUCUGUUCCUGUUCAGUUCCAGUACUUUUUGCCAACUUACCCACCUUCUGCGUACCCACUGGCAGCACACACCUACACCCCGAUCACUAGUUCUGUAUCUACUAUCCGACAGUAUCCAGUUUCAGCCCAGGCUCCAAACUCUGCUAUCACAGCUCAGACUGGGGUUGGGGUAGCAUCCACAGUCCACCUAAACCCCAUGCAGUUGAUGACGGAUGCAUCACAUGCUCGGCACAUCCAAGGGAUCCAACCAGCACCUAUCAGCACACAAGGCAUCCAGCCGGCCCCCAUCGGCACACCAGGGAUCCAGCCAGCACCAAUCGGCACACAGGGAAUUCACUCAGCAACCCCAAUCAAUACCCAAGGGCUUCAACCUGCACCAAUGGGUGCUCAGCAGCCACAGCCUGAAGGAAAAACUUCAGCGGUGGUGUUGGCAGAUGGAGCCACAAUUGUCGCCAACCCUAUCAGCAGUCCAUUCAGUGCUGCUCCAGCAGCGACAACUGUGGUACAGACCCACAGCCAGAGUGCCAGCACCAACGCCCCAGCCCAGGGCUCAUCACCCCGUCCAAGCAUCCUCCGGAAGAAACCUGCCACAGAUGGAAUGGCAGUUCGGAAAACCCUCAUUCCUCCUCAGCCUCCUGAAGUGGCUAGUCCUCGAGUGGAGAGCUCUAUGCGGAGUACAUCUGGGUCACCUAGGCCUGCAGGUGCCAAACCGAAGUCAGAAAUCCAUGUGUCUAUGGCCACUCCAGUCACCGUGUCCAUGGAGACCGUAUCCAAUCAGAGUAAUGACCAGACAACCAUUGCAGCUCCCCCCACUGCCCAGCAAAAACCCCCGAGGAUGGCGCCAGCCAGCCCCCCCCCACAGCCAGCCGUUUCCCUUUCCACCAUUCCUGGAGCCGUCCCCAUCACUCCACCUAUCACAACCAUCGCAGCGGCACCACCACCUUCAGCUGCUGUGGGUGGCAGCCUCUCCUCCGUUUUGGGCCCUCCCGUACCCGAGAUCAAAGUGAAAGAAGAAGUAGAACCAAUGGACAUCAUGAGGCCAGUUUCUGCCGUUCCUCCACUGGCUACCAACACUGUGUCUCCAUCCCUCGCAUUGCUGGCAAAUAACCUGUCCAUGCCUACAAGUGACCUACCACCUGGUGCCUCCCCAAGGAAAAAGCCUCGAAAGCAACAGCACGUGAUCUCAACAGAAGAGGGUGAUAUGAUGGAGACAAAUAGCACCGAUGACGAGAAGUCCACAGCCAAGAAUCUUCUGGUGAAGGCUGAGAAGCGCAAGUCCCCUCCCAAGGAAUAUAUCGAUGAGGAAGGUGUGAGGUAUGUCCCAGUGCGUCCAAGACCCCCCAUUACUUUACUCCGUCACUAUCGGAACCCCUGGAAAGCUGCUUACCACCACUUUCAGAGGUACAGUGACGUCCGGGUCAAAGAGGAAAAGAAAGCAAUGCUGCAGGAAAUAGCUAAUCAGAAAGGAGUCUCCUGUCGUGCCCAAGGCUGGAAAGUCCACCUCUGUGCUGCCCAGUUACUACAGCUGACAAAUCUGGAACAUGAUGUUUAUGAAAGACUGACCAACCUACAAGAAGGGAUUAUCCCAAAGAAAAAAGCAGCGACUGAUGAUGAUCUGCACCGAAUAAAUGAGCUCAUACAGGGAAACAUGCAGAGGUGUAAACUUGUGAUGGAUCAGAUCAGUGAGGCCAGAGACUCCAUGCUUAAAGUUUUAGAUCAUAAAGAUCGUGUUCUGAAGCUUCUAAACAAGAAUGGGACUGUCAAGAAAGUGUCAAAAUUGAAGCGAAAAGAAAAAGUCUAAAUCCAGAAGAAUCAGGAACUUGGAAACAGAAUUUAUGAAGAAUGAUGGUUGGGGAGGGGGGAGGGUUCUGUUUAUUUUCAAAGUGGAACAUUGAAAUAAAGGAAGUGUUCCUUAACUCCGUGUGAAAGCAGAGGGACCCAUGGCAUCCAGUGGCAUGAAAGGAUCAGAGCUGACUUGACAUGGUGGGCCCCGUUCUUUGUUUCAGACGCAUCCAUGUUAAUCCUGUUUUGUGCCGUAAGUGACUCCUGCAACAUCAGUGGCCACAGUUGGAGGCAGCGACACAAAUGGGUAGCUGGCGCUUUCAGCCUUCUGGUUUAUAGGCUCUGUUUAUCUGGUGGAUUCCCACAGGACCCACGCUGAGCCUGGACUGAGAGUAUCCACUCGGACCAUCGGUUAUCUCUACACUGAAAACAAAGCCUCUUGCCCUCACCCAGUCAGUUCUUCAGUCUGACCUUCAGAUGCCCACAUUGGCCUUUUACACAGUGCCACGGCACCACAAGAGCUGCCACAUCUCACUCUAAAGGCUUUGAACUAUCAGUUCUUGUCAUUUUUUUAAAGAACCAUUUCCAAGUGAAAUUGUAUAUUGUCUGUCCUAUGUGUGUCAGAGUCGGGUUUUGUGGAAGUUCAGAGCAGGCACCACCGUGAGAUGCUCUGAGACCCCGUUCUGAAGUACGCCCUUGGCUAUCUGUACUUCUGUAGCUGGUGUGAUGCUGUUAAUUGUAUGUACCACACAUCUCCAGAUGCUAAUAAAGGACUCAAAGAGGUUUUUGUA